CCAAGCCAUAGCUAAAGAAGCCACACAAAUCCUACAUUGUAGGAUUCUAACAUCAAAGGGAUAGAGAAGGCUCUAGUGCAGCAGAUACAAAAGCCAUAGCCAUGGCGAAACUCAUGUACUUAUGUUUCAUCAUCCUCACUAUUGCGGUAGUUGUGUCAGCUGGCGGAUGCGACGGUGAUCGACAAGACAUGAUCAGGAAGUGUGGUAAGUAUCAGAAAUUCCCAGGAGAGCCGAAGCUAGCUCCAUCAGAUGUGUGCUGCGCCAUGUGGCAGAAGGCAAACAUCCCAUGCCUUUGCGCUGGUGUCACCAAGGAAAAAGAGAAGAUAUGGUGUAUGGAGAAGGUUGGCUACGUUGCCAAUUUCUGCAAGAAGCCGUUCCCACAUGGCUACAAGUGUGGAAGUUACACAUUUCCUCCUCUAACGUAGUGACUAAUUUAGCAGCGGGAGGGUGGCGUACAUGCGCCAGGAAAAUACCUGUGUUGUUUUGCCCUUCUUCUUCCUCGAGAGC